UUUAACAAUUCAUAUUUUACUGCUGUGAAGGGACUUGCCUGAGGGCCACACAGCUAGGAAGUGGCAGUGCUGAAUCCAAACGUUCGCAGUCUGGCCCCAGAGUCCCUGGGCUUACCUGUGUGGCCUUAGAGGACGUCCAUGGAUCAGCAGCCUCACUCUGUCUCGUCCUGCCUGGUGCCUCUUGUUUAGUCUCUGCCAGGAGCUGACUGCCUGCAGGGCUGGAAUCCUGUGCUUCCUCUGCCCAGCACCUGCCAUGUUGGCCAACGCCACCAUGAAGCCGCUCUGCCCCCUCCUGGAGCAGAUGAGCCAACUCCAAAGCCACAGCAACUCCAGCAUCCGCUACAUCGACCACGUCUCGGUGCUGCUGCACGGGCUGGCCUCACUGCUGGGCCUGGUGGAGAACGGACUCAUCCUCUUCCUGGUGGGCUGCCGCAUGCGGCAGACUGUAGUCACCACCUGGGUGCUGCACCUGGCGCUGUCCGACCUGCUGGCCACCGCCACCCUGCCAUUCUUCACCUACUUCCUGGCCGUGGGCCACUCAUGGGAGUUGGGCACCACCUUCUGCAAGCUGCACUCCUCCAUCUUCUUCCUCAACAUGUUUGCCAGCGGCUUCCUGCUCAGCGCCAUCAGCCUGGACCGCUGCCUGCAGGUGGUGCGGCCCGUGUGGGCGCAGAACCAUCGCACGGUGGCUGCGGCCCACAAGGUCUGCCUGGUUCUCUGGGCCCUGGCCGCGCUCAACACCGUGCCCUACUUCGUGUUCCGGGACACCAUCCCGCGGCGGGACGGGCGCAUCAUGUGCUACUACAACAUGCUGCUUCUCAACCCUGGGCCCGACCGCGACGCCACGUGCAACUCGCGCCAGAUGGCCCUGGCCGUCAGCAAGUUCCUGCUGGCCUUCGUGGUGCCGCUGGCCAUCAUCGCCUCGAGCCACGCGGCCGUGAGCAUGCAGCUGCGCCACCGCGGCCGCCCGCGGCCCGGCCGCUUCGUGCGCCUGGUGACGGCCGUGGUGGCGGCCUUCGCGCUGUGCUGGGGGCCGUACCACGUCUUCAGCCUGCUCGAAGCCCGUGCGCACAGAGAAGCGGCGCUGCGGCCGCUCGUGUGGCGUGGGCUGCCCUUCGUCACCAGCCUGGCCUUCAUCAACAGCGUGGUCAACCCGCUGCUCUACGUGUUCACCUGCCCCGACGUGCUGCGCAGGCUCCGGCACUCGCUGCGCAGCGUGCUGGAGAGCGUGCUGGUGGACGACACGGAGCUGGGCGCCGGCGGCAGCCGCCGCCGCCGCUCCUCCACCAACGCCCCGCCCGCGCCCCGCCCGCGCCGGCCGGCGGGUGUGCUUGGCUGGCUGCCGGGCCGCCGCGCUGCUGCCCCCGUGAUGGGCCGGGCGGGAUCCCAGGAUGAAAAUGGCCCGCUGAACCGGAUGCUGAGCACCACCUCUGGUUAGAGGCGCGGCCGGCAUCGCCGUUCUGCACGGAAGGCAGAGGCAGGGCAGUGAUCCAGCGUAAAAGCAUCAAGACGCCGUCGUUAAAAUGUAGAUACUUUGCUCCAGCCUUGAGGAUCUUAGUCCGAAGGGCGGGACCCUGGGAUCUGCAUUUUAAAGAGCCCCGCGUGACUCAGUGAACCGAGUUAGAAAUCGAGUUAAAGCAGCUUCUAAAAACU